AUGGCUGCCACCACCGUCUCCGCCAGCCUCAAGGCCGCGUCCCUUGUGCAGCCUAAGGUCAAUGCCGCCUCCCUGAAGGCCGCUCCCGUGUCUCAGGCUUUCGGCCUGAAGGCUGCCUCUUCCAAGGUGUCCUGCUCCCUGGAGGAGAACGUCCGCGGCUUUGUCCAGAAGGCUGCUGAUGCCGGCAAGACCGCUGCUCUUGCUCUCGCCUCGACCGCCCUGCUUGCAUCGGCUGCCCAGGCUGAGCUUCCGAGGCUGACCUUCGAGGAGCUCCAGAGCCUUACCUACUCGGAGGUGAAGGGCAGCGGCCUCGCCAACCAGUGCCCCAUCAUCGCUGGUGGUGUUGAUGGCUUCGCCUUCAAGUCCGGCAAGUACCAGCUCACCAAGAUGUGCCUGGAGCCCACCUCUUUCACCGUGAAGGCCGAGUCCGUGUUCAAGGGCCAGGGCGAGGAGUUCCAGAAGACUAAGCUCAUGACCCGCCUCACAUACACUCUGGACGAGAUCGAGGGUCCCCUUGAGGUCUCCGGCGACAAGGUUACGUUCACCGAGGUUGACGGCAUUGACUACGCCGCUGUUACCGUCCAGCUUUCCGGUGGCGAGAGGGUGCCGUUCCUCUUCACCAUCAAGGAGCUGGUUGCCUCCGGCACGCCCGACAGCUUCGGCGGGUCCUUCCUGGUGCCAUCUUACCGUGGUGCCACCUUCCUUGACCCCAAGGGCCGUGGUGGUGCCCAAGGGUACGACUCUGCCGUUGCCCUCCCUGCUGGUGGCUUCGGUGACAACGAGGCCCUGAGGAAGGAGAACGAGAAGUCGUACAAGGCUUUGAGCGGCAACAUCACCUUCAGCGUCGCCAAGUCGAACGUUGAGACUGGCGAGAUCGGUGGUGUGUUCACCAGCGUCCAGCCCUCCGACACUGACAUGGGUGCCAAGGUUCCUAAGGAAGUCAAGAUCCAGGGCAUCUGGUACGCCCAGGACAAACUCAACUUCAAGAGCACAUUCCUGGACCUCCACCUGUCCGCCAUGGCGUCUCUGCUUGCUUCGUCGUUCGUAGUCUCCGCUCCCGCAGCCUCUCUUGCGAGUUGCGCGACUCUGUCAGAGUCAUCGUCGCAGGUUGCCUGUGCAGCGCCCGUGAAUCAGAAUGCGCUGAAGGUUGUAGGCUAUCCACAAGUCUAUUGUGGUCGUGGGGACAAGCGUACCGCGAAGGGAAAGAGGACCAUUGGAUCCUUUGGCAACUGCCGGCCGAGGUCCUCGAAGGGCAAGAGCCGCCUGGGUCUGCCUCUGACGCCAGUGCCAGCUGGGAGCGGCUCACGCAAGCGGCUUGAAGACGACACAGAGUACAUCCACAUCGACCUGGACGAGGAGAUCAACCGAUAA